AUGUACACCAAGGGAAAUGUGUGGCAUCUGAGAACUGCUAAAAAUGCCCCUGAGCAGAGAGCAUUCAGUCAGAGCGAGAGCAAAAGGGAACACUUGCGCAUCUGUCCUCAGGAAUAUACAUGCUGCACCACAGAAAUGGAGGACAAAUUGAGCCAGCAAAGCAAAUUGGAAUUUGAGACCCUCGUAGAAGAAACAAGCCAUUUUGUGAGAACCACCUUUGUCUCCAGACACAAGAAGUUUGAUGAAUUUUUCCGAGAACUCCUGGAGAAUGCAGAAAGGUCUUUGAAUGACAUGUUUGUCCGGACCUAUGGAAUGCUGUACAUGCAGAAUUCAGAGGUGUUCCAGGACCUCUUCACAGAACUCAAACGGUACUACACAGGAGGCAAUGUGAACUUGGAAGAGAUGUUGAAUGACUUUUGGGCCCGCCUGUUGGAGCGAAUGUUCCAGCUCAUAAACCCUCAGUAUCACUUCAGUGAAGACUACCUGGAGUGUGUGAGCAAAUAUACAGACCAGCUCAAACCAUUUGGGGAUGUUCCCAGGAAACUAAAGGUCCAAGUCACAAGAGCCUUCAUUGCCGCUCGAACCUUCGUCCAGGGGCUGACAGUGGGCAGGGAAGUUGCGAACCGAGUUUCCAAGGUCAGUCCAACCCCAGGGUGCAUUCGUGCACUAAUGAAGAUGCUCUACUGUCCAUAUUGCCGAGGACUUCCCACUGUGAAACCUUGUAACAACUACUGCCUCAAUGUAAUGAAGGGCUGCUUGGCAAAUCAAGCUGAUCUGGACACCGAAUGGAAUCUGUUCAUAGAUGCUAUGCUGCUGGUAGCAGAAAGGUUAGAGGGGCCAUUCAACAUUGAGUCCGUCAUGGAUCCUAUCGAUGUCAAGAUCUCUGAAGCCAUCAUGAACAUGCAAGAAAACAGUAUGCAGGUCUCAGCUAAGGUGUUUCAGGGGUGUGGCCAGCCCAAACCAGCCCCAGCUCUAAGAUCUUCCCGCUCUGCUCCUGAAAACUUCAAUACCCGCUUCAGGCCAUAUGACCCCGAGGAGAGACCCACGACCGCUGCGGGAACAAGCCUGGACAGACUGAGGACUAUAUGGAGGACGAUGCAGCAUAGUGUGACAGACAUAAAAGAAAAACUGAAGCUGUCAAAAAAAUUCUGGUCAACUUUACCGUACACCAUCUGCAAGGAUGAGAGAGUGACAGCUGGCACAUCCAAUGAAGAGGAAUGCUGGAACGGGCACAGCAAAGCCAGAUAUUUACCUGAGAUCAUGAAUGAUGGGCUGACUAACCAGAUCAACAAUCCUGAGGUGGAUGUAGACAUCACAAGGCCAGAUACUUUCAUAAGGCAACAAAUCAUGGCUCUCAGAGUGAUGACAAACAAAUUAAAGAAUGCAUACAAUGGAAAUGAUGUCAACUUCCAAGACACAAGUGAUGAAACCAGUGGUUCCGGCAGUGGAAGUGGCUGCACGGAUGACAUCUGCCCAACGGAGUUUGACUUCAUCACAACUGAAGCAUCCCCAGUGGACUCAGACAGGAGGGAGGUAGAGUCCUCAGCAGACAAACCUAGCCACUCACGCCUCCCAUUGCCCAUCGCCUGCCUGCUCCUCUCUCUGCAGAGACAGUGGAGAUAAUCCUGGAUUUGGGUCCCACAAACUGCCUUUUAGCUGUAAGAACAGCCAACUUUCUUCUUUUCUUACACUCUUGGAAUAUGAACCAUGCCGCAGAUACUUAACAGUUUUCUAGGACAAGUGAGCAGAACUGUCACCUGCUCCCCAUUUUGUUUUCCCAAAGAUACCCGGUGCCAGACUGAACUACUUCUGAUCUCCUUCCGAUAGCUGUGCAGACUCCGUCCGCUCUCAAGAGAAUUCCUGUUCGGAUCUUUCUUACCAGAAGACUUUUCUUACCUUCAUUUCCUUUGUUGCUGCAGAAGUAAUGGGAUCUCACAAUGGGCUUUUUCUUUUGUUAUGAAAGAAAAGAAAAGUAGAAAAAAAAUGAUUUUCUUCUACAGAAGCCAGUCCAAGAUGACUAUGUUCUCAACAGAUAGGCCAAGAGGAUGAAGACCAGCCCCCAAAAUAGAAGUUCUUUGUUGGCAUCCUGACCUCUCCAGGGGCUUCUCUGUAACAAUUCAAAUUGACGGAAAGCUUCUUGGGAGAAAGUCUGAACUUUUUUUUUUUUCUAAAAAAGACAAAGUCAAAAAAUGGUAGUAAAUUUACAGUAUUCCUCGAUGGUGAAUGUCUUGCACUUCAGCCACAUCCACACUGAACCGUUGAUUUGAAGACACAUAGCGUAUACAUUAGAAGUUCGCUUUUACUACUUUUAAAGCAACUCCACCAGGGCU